CUGUAACAGGUAACAGCAAACGAUAUCACUAUUUCUGAACGGGGCCUUGGUUACAGGCUCCAUCAUCAUCCACUGGGCGCUGGUAGACUCGGAUAGACCCAAUGCACUAUGCCUUCACCCGCAGCCCUUUGGCGUUGUAUUCCCUCGCCGAAGAUGCGAGCGCGGUGAAUGCACCGCAGUCCAUGGCGUAUGGACUUCGGAAGAUCACGGGGACCAACUACUGGCCCUAUGGCAAUGGCCGAGACUGGUUCUUCGUGGGCGAUCUGGACUACAUGCACGGCCGGCGCACGCCGGAGGUCAUGGUGCGUCAACGAGCAGACAAGCUCACGCCUCCGCUCAAGACCAAGAAAGGUCACCCCCGAGACAUGGUCUUCAGCCGUGCCUCGAUCGCGCUCUCCCAGCGGCAAGUCUCCGUGCCGGUGCCAGGUGGCUGUGGAUACGGCACCCUGCUGCCCGUGGAAACGCUGAACCGGUGGAGGAGUCUACAAGACUUGGACAGCGGAGAGGAUUGCAACCUGGCACGCUGGAGGCAGCAAAGGGGUGGCUCUCGAGAUGCGGAUGAAGUGCUCCGGGCCCGGUGCUCCGCCACGCUGUCCGCCACGUUGAAGGGGCGCCCCUUUGGCCGGACCUUGUCCGCCACCUCCUCGGAGCUGGGCUCUCGGCAGCGCUUCGACGCCUCGGCCACCUCACUGGGAGACAAGUACCGGUCCUUCUCGAUGCCCAUCCGGGAUCCGGCCAGGUGGGACUUCCUUGAGCGGAACCCCCGGGCGAGCACUCGGUAGCGGCGCGGUCGCGGGCGCGCUCCGGUCGGUAGCGCCUGGGAGUGACCGGAGCGCAGUGUGGAGGGGCGCUGCACCGACCCACUGUCCGUGCAGUUGGACCAUGCUGGAGUUUCAUGUGGGUUGUAAAGCUGCAGGAGGCGAAUCAGGUGUGAAAUUAGCG